AAUUAAAUUUGAAAAGUCUUCUAUGAAAUUACACAAAUUGUUUUUUUUUGAAAAAAUGAUAUCAACAUUUCAGUUUCAUAAACUGGCCGACAUCCCAUUCUCUUUUUCUUGAAAAGGAGUGGUCUCAUCCGUCGGAAUUUGUUGAGAUUGAGAGCAGAGACAGGGAGUCAUCAGAAACAAAACCAAUAACAAGGGGAAAAAAAGGAAAAAAAGAAAAUAACAGGCACCCACAUAAAAUCAAUAGUCGACAGUUCAUACAACAGAUACAUACAUAUAUUCAACUGUUAUGUGUCCAUUUCUUUCAGUUUUUCCCAUCAUCAGCAACUACACAAUCCUGCAGAUACACCUCUCCCACUCCCUCUCUCUAACCAACCACCUCUUCUCCACCAUGAGAUUCCGGCCACCCUCCGCACCUGUUCACUAUAAAUGCACCCAAGUUUAAAAACAUCGAAAACGAUACCGUUUUGUAAUCUCAUGGAUUAUGGAAACAGCUGAUACUGCAUGCACUGAAAAUUCCACAUUAACUACAACAACACAAGCAGCCCUUUGCUUACUUCUUCUUCUUAUUAUUAUUAUAAUUCUCUAAUGGCUUCCACAAGUUCAACUCCUACCGACCCUUCUUCUUCUAUACUUGAAGAUACAGCAGCUAAAGCCGUUAACAAGCGAUAUGAAGGAUUGAUCACGAUUCGGACCAAGGCUGUAAAGGGCAAAGGAGCAUGGUACUGGGCUCAUUUAGAGCCAAUUCUUAUAAGAAACACAGACACAAAUAUUCCCAAAGCAGUUAAACUUAGAUGUUCUUUGUGCGAUGCCGUUUUUUCAGCUUCAAAUCCAUCAAGAACUGCCUCAGAGCAUCUUAAAAGAGGCACAUGUCCAAAUUUUAACUCUGUUUUAAGACCCAACUCUAUAGUUUCAUCUCCUUUGCCUAUAUCAUCUUUGCCUUCUCCAACUUCACACCAUAAUCAUCUUCGAAAACGGAGCUCUCACAUGGCUACUAGUACCGCUACUCCUCUAAAUUCAUUAGCUAUAGUUGAGUCAACUCGUUUUUGUAAUGAACUGGGUUACUCUAAUUCUGGGUUGCUAAGUCAACAGCAACAGCAUCAUCAGCAUUUGAUGUUGUCUGGUGGAAAAGAUGAUUUGGACGCAUUAGCAAUGUUGGAAAAUAGCAUCAAGAAGCUUAAGAGUCCAAAAGCUUCACCUGGUCCUUCAUUAAAUAAGGACCAGAUUGAUUCUGCUCUGGAAUUAUUGGCUGACUGGUUCUAUGAAACUUGUGGAUCUGUCUCAUUUUCAAGUCUUGAACACCCAAAGUUUCGAUCUUUCCUUCAUCAAGUAGGGUUGCCUCCUUUGUCCAGGAAGGACUUGUCUGGUUCUAGACUGGAAAAUAGAUUUCUUGAGGCAAAAACCGAGGUCGAAACUAGAACUAGAGAUGCGAUGUUCUUUCAAGUUGCUUGUAAUGGAUGGAAGACCAAGAAUUGUUGUAAUGGAGAAGAGAACUUGGUUAAGUUUAGCAUUAAUCUCCCUAAUAGGACUAGUUUGUAUCAAAAAGCAGUUUUAACCGGAGGAUCAGUGUCGUCAAAGUAUGCAGAGGAGAUUAUGUGGGAGGCAGUAAUGAGCUUAUGUGGGAGUAGUGCUUUGCAGAGAUGUGUAGGAAUUAUUGCAGAUAAGUAUAAGGCUAAAGCAUUGAGAAAUUUGGAGAUUCAAUAUCAAUGGAUGGUGAACCUUUCAUGUCAGGUUCAGGGGUUACUUAGUUUGAUCAAUGAUUUCUGCAAGGAGCUUUCAAUUUUCAAGACUGCUACUGAGAAUUGCUUGAAACUUGCCAAUUUUGUAAAUAAUAAAUCUCAAGUUAGGAGUAGCUUCCAAAAGUAUAGACUGCAGGAGCUUGAGUAUAAUAGGUUGCUUCGAGCACCUUCAAGUAAAUGUGAGUGCAGAAAGGACUUUUUGCCUGUUUAUUUGAUGUUGGAGGAUAUAUUGAGCUGUGCCCGUGUGCUGCAUAUGGUUGUUUGUGAUGAGUCCUAUAAGGCGAUGAGCAUGGAGGAUUCUCUUGCAAAGGAAGUCUCUGGGAUGAUACAAGGUGAGGGGUUUUGGAAUCAGUUGGAGGCAGUUUAUUCACUAAUGAAGCUUAUCAGAGGGAUUGCUCAUGAAAUUGAGGUGGAGCGGCCAUUGAUCGGACAGUGCCUCCCUCUUUGGGAGGACUUGAAAGCAAAAGUGAAAGAUUGGUCUGCUAGAUUCAACAUUGUUGAUGGACACGUUGAGAAAAUUGUAGAAAAGAGAUUCAAAAAGAACUACCACCCAGCAUGGUCCGCUGCAUUUAUACUUGAUCCUCUUUACUUGAUGAGGGACACUAGUGGAAAGUACCUUCCUCCAUUCAAGUGCUUGACACAUGAGCAGGAGAAGGAUGUGGACAAGCUUAUAACCCGUCUGGUUUCCAGAGAAGAAGCUCACGUUGCCUUAAUGGAGCUUAUGAAAUGGAGAACAGAAGGACUAGAUCCUCUGUAUGCUCAGGCUGUUCAGGUUAAACAGAGGGACCCCUUGACUGGAAAGAUGAAAAUAGCAAAUCCUCAGGGCAGCAGAUUAGUGUGGGAAACUUGCCUUAGUGAGUAUAAAACAUUAGGCAAGGUUGCAGUCAGGCUUAUCUUUCUUCAAGCGACCUCUUGCGGGUUCAAGUGCAAUUGGUCUUCCAUGGAAUGGAUGUGUAUGCAUAGACACUCAAGGAUAGGCCUUGAAAGAGCUCAAAAGAUGAUAUUCGUUGCAGCUCACUCCAAGCUUGAAAGACGAGAUUUCUUGAAUGAAGAAGAGAAAGAUGGAGAGCUGUUCCGAAUGGCAGGCUGUGAGGAUGACAUGCUCAACGAGUUGAAGAAUGUGAGAGGUCUGGUCAGCGCAAAAUAUAUUGGGAGGAAAUCAGACAAUGUAUCACUACACUGCAUAGCUGUAUGCUAAAUGAAUCUUUCAUCUCUUCCCAGGCA